CCCAGACAGGAAAGAGCGAGCGAGAGGCCCAGUUCCCUUUCUUUCUCUCUCUCUCUACCCGCGUCUCUGUGCCUCUCUAGCUCGCAGCCCGCCUGCGCCCUCCGAGCGAGCGUCGCGCCCUCCAAAAGGCUCGCGGCCUCUGGCAGCGCCCGCGCUUUCCGCGCCAUCCUGCGCCCUGCCUGCCCCCGCCCGCCGGCCUCCGAAUACAGCGUCCCGCCCGGCUCGAGUUAAAUAGCGAGCCCCGCGAGCGAGAGAGACGCUGGGAAAUGAGUUCGUUCGCUGCUGCAUCGCUCUAUAUUCCGUCGUCGUCGUAACUUAGACUCGAGGCGGGGCUGGCCUUGCUCCACGAGCAGACGCCGGGGCAUGUUUAUUUGCCUCCGUGAUUUUCGUGCAUUUUCAUCGCCCGAUUCCUGCUUCGAUAGCCCGAGUCCUCACGACUCCAGUUCGCUUGGGUGCGUUAGAGACAUUGGUCGAGUGCGUGGGCAUCGGGUGGUAUUUGCGGACUCGGGCAUCACCAUCAUCCGCCGCGCCUUAUAUUACGCUCUAUUGUGGUGCGAGAUUCUGAUCUGAAGCCGGGCGAGGUUCGUCGUCGGCCUGCUGGAGGCGCACGAGAUGGAUCGGAAGCGCGCGUUGCAGCUCUUAGAGUGUCUCACGGCGGUGUUGCUGCUGGGAUUCAGCUGCGUCAUCGCCCCGGCGUUUAGCACGGUGGAUCUCGCCGGGAGCUGCUCGCUGCCCGACGCGGAAUGCCGCAAAUUGUCGACUCUUCCUCUGGAUGGACACCUCACGUUCUUCGACACCAAACGAGCUGCGCAAGACUUCGGGCGCCUUCGCAGCCUGAAGCCGGCGGCCGUUCUCCACCCGGGCUCGACGCGCGACAUCGUGAGUCUAGUGCGAGCUGUGGUCCAGUCCAGUUCUAACAUCUCAAUUGCAGCCAGGGGACCUGGCCAUUCUGUCAACGGACAAUCUCAAGUCGAGAAGGGCGUCGUCGUCGACAUGCCAUCGCUCGGCGGCAUCGACGUGAACGUCACCGGAAUGUACGUCGAAGCCGCUGCUGGCGAAUUGUGGAUAAAUGUGUUGCAGGCAUGCAUGAAAGAAGGUCUCGCUCCGAGGUCCUUCACAGAUUAUCUUCAUCUGAGCGUGGGCGGAACUCUCUCGAAUGCCGGCGUCAGUGGCCAGUCGUUUCGUUGGGGUCCACAGAUCAGCAAUGUGCUCCAAUUAGAAGUGGUCACCGGAAUGGGCGAAUUAGUCACUUGCUCGAGGGAGGUCCGACCGGAUCUCUUCUUCGCAGUUCUCGGUGGACUAGGCCAAUUCGGGAUCAUCACCAAGGCCAGAAUAUAUCUGCAACCUGUUCCGACCAAUGUCCAUUGGGUCCGCGCCAUUUACUCGGACUUCGCUUCUUUCCAGCGCGACCAGUUGCGCUUCAUAUCCAAGGCGGAAAAGUCGAAUGUGUUUGACUACGUCGAGGGAUUUGUAGUCCCUAACAGUCCGAGCUUCGAAUUCGGUUAUAACUCUGUCCCUUUCGACGGCCAGACUGUCAAUGCCACUCUGAUGCCUGCUCCAGAAACAUCGUCCGUCCUCUACUUCAUCGAGCUCGCCAAAAAUUACAAGGACGACGAACAGCCUGCAUCUUCUCUUCGUGAUACGGUGGACGAGAUCUUGGCCGACGCAGAACUGGAAUGCAUACCAACUCAAGUCUUCGUACAGCAGACGUCGUAUUUGGAGUUUCUGGAGCGUGUGCACGCCACGGAGCUGUUGUUGAGAUCGCUGGGCUUGUGGGAAGUGCCGCAUCCGUGGAUAAAUUUACUGGUGCCGGCGAGUAAAAUGGGGGACUUCGAGCGAACAGUAUUCCGAAAUCUCGACGCGAGCACCCUUAAUGGCCCCGUGAUCGUCUAUCCCUUCAACAGAAACAUGUGGGAUUCCCGAAUGUCUGCAGUGACACCGGAUGAGGACGUCUUCUAUCUUGUCGCGUUUCUUCAGUCGGUAGUGCCUUCGAUGGGCCCAAAUCUGGAGACACUGUUGGACCGAAACAGUGCGCUCUGGAAGUAUUGCGCAAUGCUGGGCUGCAAGCAGUACCUACCGAAGUACUCGACGCUGGCCGAUUGGCAGGCUCACUUCGGGGCCAAAUGGAACGACUUUGUGCGCAACAAAAUAAAGUUUGAUCCCAAGGCCGUUUUAUCUCCGAGCCAGGGCAUCUUCGCCAGAGGAGAAGACAUCCCCGUGCCCCUCUCGUACAGGUGACCACCACCUCCUCCACAUACACUCUCGCCAAGCAAGCGAGCGCACCCUCUCAGAGAACGAGAGAGAGUGAGAGAGACUCUACACAUGCACCCCUCGAGGUGCGACGGCCCUCCGAGCCUACCAAAGCUGAGCGCCCCUGCUCUCUGUAUCUUCUUUCUCUCUCCCUCUCCCUCCUUCUUCCCCGGGGUAGAAUUUAGAGUUUCCGUAGAGUAAAAGGAGCACCCGCAUAAAAAAUGGCACUGUCAACAUUCUUAAGCGCAGCCUUGCACCGGGGUUACGUAUGGCGGUCAACGCUGACCGCCAUCAUUUAGCACCCUCGCAUUUUCUGUAAUUACUCGAAAAUUGAAAUUUAUCACUCUCGUCUUCCAAGUCUCCAAGU